AUGCGGAGGGCUGCACUGCUGCAGCCGCGCUGGGCACCGGGGGGUCCCGGCCCGGCGGGCGCUGACGCAGCUCCUCUCCUGCAGGGCAUCCUUCUGAAGCGCAGCGGCAAGUCCCUCAACAAGGAGUGGAAGAAGAAGUACGUGACGCUGUGCGACAAUGGGCUGCUCACCUACCACCCCAGCCUGCACGAUUACAUGCAGAACGUCCACGGCAAGGAGAUCGACCUGCUGAGAACGACCGUGAAGGUGCCGGGCAAGCGGCUCCCGAGGGCGACUACGGCCACGGCCCCCAGCGCCAGCCCCAAGACCAACGGGCUCGCCAAGGAGCGGAGCAGCACGCAGUUCCCCGGGAACACUGGUGCCCCGCACUCGACCAGCAGCACCUCCCUGCACUCGGAGCGCUCCAUCAGUGGCAUCAACCUGGUGGGCUUCAGCUCCAAGCCGGACGGCAUGCACCAGCGCUCCUACUCCGUCUCCAGCGCUGACCAGUGGAGCGAGGCUGUGGCUGGCCCCGGCGCCUGCCCGAACCCCCCUAACGGCACGGCAGAGUCGCUCAGCUCCAGCCCGAACAUUUCCAACGCCGCCAGCCCAAAGCUGGAGCCGCCUCCGUCCCCACAUGCAAACAGGAAGAAACACCGCAGAAAAAAGAGCACGGGGACGACCCGGCCCGACGGCCCCAGCGCAGCCGCGGAAGAGCCGGACGAGCCGUUUGAGUUCAUCAUCGUGUCGCUGACGGGGCAGACGUGGCUCUUCGAGGCCUCGACGGCAGAGGAGCGGGAGCUGUGGGUCCAGGCCAUCGAGAGCCAGAUCCUGGCCAGCCUGCAGGGCUGCGAGAGCAGCAAGAACAAGGUACGGGGCCAAGCGCACCAGCCAGCCCCUGCCCCCCUAGCCAUGUGCACACGAGAGGCCGUGGGACGCCGGGCCCUGGCCCGCAUGGCCCCCCUGACCAUAUCCCGCCCGCACGGCAGGGAAGAGAAGGAGCGCUGGAUCCGGGCUAAGUACGAGCAGAAGCUGUUCGUGGCCCCGCUGCCGCCGUCGGACGUGCCGCUGGGGCAGCAGCUGCUGCGAGCGGUGGUGGAGGACGACCUGCGCCUGGUGGUGAUGCUGCUGGCCCACGGCACCAAGGAGGAGGUGAACGAGACCUACGGGGACGGCGAUGGGCGCACGGCGCUGCACCUCUCUUGCGCCAUGGCCAACGUCGUCUUCACGCAGCUCCUCAUCUGGUACGGGGUGGACGUGAAGAGCCGGGACGCCCGUGGACUGACGCCCCUGGCGUACGCCCGGCGCGCUGGCAGCCAGGAGUGUGCCGACAUCCUGCUGCAGCACGGCUGCCCCAGCGACGCCGCCCUCUCCACGCUGACCCCCNNCCCCCCCCGCCGCAACGCCAACGCCAACAACAACGCUGCCGAGCUCAGCGCCAGCCCCGGCCCCCACUAGCCGCCCCGGCCCGCCCCGCCGCACGGGGCCUGGCUCUGGGGACGGCCCCCCCUGCCUGGCGCAGGCUAGGCGGUGGGGGCCAGUAGCCCCAGCAUGUCCCCAGGGUGGGGAGCCCUGGUUCUGGCCUGGAGAUGGGGCGCGGGCUGCCUGCCCCCCAAGUCCCCAGUGCUCAGAGCGGGAAGGCAAGCGCCCCCAUAUCCAGUAUCAGGUUGGGGGGGUUCCUAUGAGCUGCCCCCCAGCUGGUGCAGGGGCAGUUCUGCAGCCUCCCUUGCCCCCUCCAGCCGGUAUGAGGGGGCCAGCCCCAUGGGCACUGCCUGCGGCAGGUACGAAAGGGCAGUUCCUCUGAGCUCCCCGAAGCUGAUGUGGGGGGACAGUUCCUGCGAGCUCCCCUCCGCCCCCCUGCAGCCCCCCACGGGGCCGGCACCAGGCUGCGUGCAUGCUGCUGUCGCUGCGGGGCCGUGGAGCUGGACCCGCUGCCUCGCACCGUAAAGGGACCCCUGCUCCCCCACAGCCUCUGUGCCCGCUAAGAGCAGGGUGGAUGGGACCGUGGCCCCAGGAGCCCACUGCCUGCAUCCGUCUGUCCGCCGGGCCAUUGCCCUCCUGGCUCCCUGCCGAGCCUGGCAUCAGCGUGCCCCUGCCCAGCGCGGCAUGGCACAGCUGGCUCGAGGGCAGACGGCGGCUCUGCUUCCCCCGCGCACCUGUGGCCGGCAGCAGGCACCGGGCUCCC